CUUCUCCGCUCGAUCUCUCGAUCAAUCCGCUGGGUCGCCGCCGCCGCCGCCGCCGCCGCCGUAUAAUAUAACCGCGUAUCGCGGGCCGCCGACGGAGCUCUCAGUAGCACGUUAACCGUCGCCGUCGCUGCCGCCGUCGCAGCAGCAGCAGUAGCGCCGUGCCGCUCCACCACGUUAUUACGCCGCCGCCGCCGCUCCGCCCGCACACGGACCUGCAAACGGAGACUAUAGUAGAUGACCAUAGCUACCACACAUAUUAUACACUUAUAAUACUACCAGGGAAAUGGAUCUGACAGAACGAUUAGACGUCGCGACCACUUCUCAACGCUCCUCGGCAAUUGGCAGACGACGACGACGACGAACGACUUAAAUGACUCAAAUACUGAUAAGCUUUAACGACGACGACGACUACAAAAUAAAAGUUCAACGAGGUGUCAUUUGAUUUAUAAGAAAUUUUUUUUCGUGAAACGUGUGCUCAAAUUUUUUGUCAACUCGAAAUACGCUGGCCGUAUACAUUUUAGUAAUAGUAUUAAAUAAUAAGCGAACUAAUCGAAAUCUAAGAAACCGCGACGAAAAUGCAUACAACACGCGGUCGGCUGGUAAGACGAGAGGGCGGGGACGGCCUCGCGUCAUGAUGAGCUGAUGGAUGACGACGGGCCGGCAGCGGUGGACGACGCGGCGGCGGAGAUCGAGCAGCAGUUGGAGCAGCAGCAACGCGAAGAAGCGGAGAGGAAGCGGUUGGAGGAGCUCCGGGAACGGGUGCUAUUUUACCUGACCACGUUCUUCAUACUGCUGGGCAUCGUCAGCCUGUUCGUGUUCCUGUUCCUAGUGCCGUUUCUCAUCGAGCCGGCCAUCACAACCAUACUGAUGGAGUUCGACGAGACGCCGACCACGUGCGUAACUGCGCACUCGGAGAUCCGCGAGGGUGCAUCCAACUGCUCGCUGCCGGGCGGCUGGGCAUCUUGCCGAGAAGGCUGCACCCGAGAGAUAUACGAAUGCGCGCAGAUAUUCGUGAACUACACCGUACCCGGGGAUCGAGCGGGAGACUUGAACGCCCGGCAUCAGAGAUCUCUGCUCGUCCGUGGCUACCGGCCCAUCGAGCCCGAGCCUGCGGCCGGGUGGGCGUACUCCCUGGCCCGCAUAUACCCCAACGUCAAGGGGUGCGGGUACCCGCCUCACCUUAACUGCACCACGUUCCGGGACCGGUACUUUGAGGUGGGUGCCAGUUACCCGUGCUACUACAGCCGCGUCGAACCGUGGGUGGUCAUCACCGAACUGGACCUGGCCAAGAGCACCAGACAGCUGGUAUACUCGAUGGUUUUCCCCAUUCCGUGUUUCGUCGUGUCCGUCGUGUAUGUAGCGCUCGCGUAUUUCUGCGUGUACGCUGGUCGGCACCGCAAGCCCAAAGUCAAGCGUCGAGUCGUUCGACGGAUGGUAGGUGGAGGUGGUGGUGCGACCGGAAGCGGCGUCGGCACCGGAAGCGGAGCAGGCUACGGUGCUUGUGGUUCAGCGUCUCGCGCCAAGUCCACAGGUUCGGAGGCUACGCCGCUCACUAAUAACAGUGGCGCUGCAGCCGCGCCUACUUCACCCACCGGAACCGGGACGCCCGGUAGCGAAUCUCUGUACCGCCGACGAGGCGACGACAACGAAGACGACGAUGCGUCCGAAACGUACUACGGCGAACAGCUCAGGUCCACGCUGGCCGUGGACGACUCCACCGCCAGUUACGUGAACGCGCUCCGCCUGUCCGAACACACGCUCAAACAAUCAGACUCUAACGAACCGUCCAGAGGCGAGUGGUCCGACGUCGACGACGACUGCUACGAUGACGAUUGCAAAGCGAGCGUGUGCGAGAGCAGCCUCGAACGGUCCGUAAAAACCGUCUCCGCUACCGCCUCUGCUGCACCGUUUCUAACCAAUUCCACCGGAAACUUGACCAAGACGAUGACGACGUGUAUCUUAACUCCCCCUGGGCCGACGGCGGAAGUCUAAAAAGAAAUCUGCAUCACAUUGAUAACAUUUCCUGGAAGCCCACAAAAUAAUUUAAUAUAAUACGCGACACUUUAUUAUUAUUUACUAUAGUAUUAUAUUAAUUUCCGAUCCGUAUCACUCGGACUGUUUUCGUUUUCCAUAAUACUACCUUACGCGUUUACAAUACAAUAUUGUUAUAUAUAGAUAACGUUUGAUUAAAUUUUCACUCAGAUUAAAAUAAUAUAUUUAUAGUGGUUUUCCGCUGCAAGUUUAAAUUAUGGUUAUAUAUUUACUACAGUAAUUUAUUUGUCUGCAGUACCAUUAGCAAUCAUAUAGGAUAACAGUAAUCUAGGUCAAUACCUAUAUAUAUUCCCGGCAUAGGUACCCGGUACCGCUGACAACACGAUCGCGAUUCGCGAGGCCAGUGUUUCAGAGUCCUCAAAAUAUUAUAAUAUUAUCAGUUACACACUUACACCUAUCAAAUUUAUUUAGUUUUGAUAAUAAUAUGAUUGUUAACAGACGGGCAGUGAGAACAGUAAUUUGUAGUGUUCGACCGGUGGUCUUUUAUUGGACCAACAUGUGACUUGCUCUUGCCACUUUGCGUGUUCAUUGAAGAAAACCAUUCGACGAUAAUCCGUGUACUCGUAUGCACGCAUUUUCUUCGUCUGACAACCGUCGAAAAUUUCAGACGUUUUUCUAUUUAGUGUCCGCUCGAACACGUUCUAUUUAGUACCUAAAGUAUACCAUAUAAUGUCAUGAUAUUAUUAUAUCGUUAUCAUUAUCGGAUUCGGUCAAUCAUUAUGUAUUCACAAAGUCUCCACGAAAGUCCUAGACGCCACUAAGACGACAUUUAAAAUCAGUUUUUUAAACACGUUUCCGUUUUAUUAAAAAAAAAAAAAAUUAAAUCGCUUUGUGUAUACAACAAUAUUAUUCACAAGAAUCCGCACAAAGCCACUUUUUUUCGUACUAAAGAAAUAUAUUAACGUUGAAAUCGCGAAGCGAAGGAAAACAUUCUAUUUAGAUUUGCAGGAAAACUUUCCGAAAGUUCUUACGGUUUUCGAACUUCUUUUUCUAUAUAAAUAUAUAAUUUCGACGUGGACCGUAGAACGCGCUUUUCGCACGAACGAAUACUAUAUAUUAUACAGGGCGAGAAGCCGGGUUUUCCCAUUUUUCCCGUUUCAACUACGCAUCAUAUCCGCGUUAAGAGCGUGGGAAAACAUCGCUCGGUGACCCGCCCUGUAUAUAGAGUACUCGUGGAAAUAGUGGCGUGUUUAUAUCAUCAUCAUCGCAUACUUACGAUGGCGUUGUCCGUCAAAUUCCGUACAAUAGUAAUUUGUAACAAUAACAUCACUAUCGGCGCAUGUAUGCCCACAGUAAUAAUAUUAUUAUAAACGAUAAAGGUAAACCGAGUUAUAUACGCUAGGUUUGUAUUGAUAUUAUUAUUAUUAUUAUUAAGCGGCUAUUUUGUUUUGGUCUAUCUACGUAUAUACAUACUAUAAUAUUAUAUUAACCGGGCACGCAGUGAUUGGCACGACGUAUAUGAUACCUCAUAAUUGCAAUAAUCGAAUAAUCAUCGCAAGUCGUCGGAAUCAGUACUCGACCCCGUUGCCUAUGCUGAAUAUCAUGGCGUUAAAUUGCAGCCGUACAAUGUGGGUGCUCGGCAAGAAUUAUUAUUGGCAAUGCAGUCUUCCCAAAUCGAAUCGUCAUCGAUUAUAAUUAUAUCAUGGAGAUAACCAUAAGCAUUUAUAAUUUUUUUUCUGUAAUUCGGAAAGCGAACCCAAUAGUCUUGUUUUUCUUUUUUAUCUCUUCUGCACACAUUCCAAUUCCGAUAGUACAGAGUGACUACAGAUCGUGCCGACCAAAAUAUGUUGUAAAUUUAACUUUCAGAAAAUAUCAACGGUGUAUUCCACUUAGAUAAAAAUACAUAUAUUAUAUUGACAAUCGGCUUUGUUUUGAUUUUUACGAACGGAGCAAGGCGAGGCAGCACGGCCGUCCACAUUUUUUUGUCGCCAAUAUUGUAGAAGAAUAUAAAGGGACAGUCGUUCGCAGAUGCGCGGCUCCUGUGAAACUUUUCGUAAAUAUCUGUAGUGAUUUAUCAGAAAUAGUAUUUUUCGUUUCGUACAGUAUAUGAUAUGACUCACACUUGAUCGUAUCACGAUGAUUAUCGUUCACUGGCGGGGUGGUUUCAUCCCCAGCAUAAUAUAGUAGUCGAUAUCCCAAAUAGAAAAUUGUAUGCCUGGCCACACACGCUGGGGCAGUAUGAAUGUUAUAUUAUGGCGUAUGAUGGCUGCGGUGUACUAUAUUUAGCUGUCGA